CUGAGAGCCGGAUAGCCUCGGAUCAUCGCGCCGCAUACGAGAUGAUGGAUGAGCCUUGGUGGGAAGGACGCGUCGCCUCGGACGUCCACUGCACCCUGCGCGAGAAGGAACUGAAGCUGCCUGCCUUCCGAGCCCACUCUCCACUCCUGAAGAGCCGCCGGUUCUUUGUCGACAUCUUGACCCUGCUGAGCAGCCACUGCCAGCUGUGCCCUGCAGCUCGGCACCUGGCCGUCUACCUGUUGGACCACUUCAUGGAUCGUUACGACAUCUCCACCUCCAAGCACCUGUACACCGUGGCGGUCUCCUGCCUCCUGCUCGCAAGUAAGUUCGAGGAUAGGGAAGACCACGUACCCAAGCUGGAGCAGAUAAAUAGCACGCGGAUCCUGAGCAGCCAGAACUUCACCCUCACCAAGAAGGAGCUGCUGGGUACGGAGCUGCUGCUCCUGGAGGCGUUCGGCUGGAACCUCUGCCUGCCCACGCCUGCCCAUUUCCUGGACUACUACCUCUUGGCCUCUGUCAGCCAGAAGGAUCACCACUGCCACAGCUGGCCCACCACCUGCCCCCGCAAGACCAAAGAGUGCCUCAAGGAAUACGCUCACUACUUCCUAGAGGUCACCUUGCAAGACCAUGUUUUCUACAAGUUCCAGCCGUCUGUGGUUGCCGCAGCCUGCGUCGGGGCCUCUAGGAUCUGCCUGCAGCUCUCGCCGUACUGGACCCGAGACCUACAGAGGAUCUCACAGUACUCCCUGGAGCAUCUCAGCGUGUGCAUCGAAAUCCUGCUGGUAGCUUAUGACAAUGUCCUCAAGGAUGCCGUCGCAGUCAAGAGCCAGGCCUUGGCUAUGGUGCCCGGCUCGCCUCCGGCCCCCACCCAAGCACUGUUCCAGCCACCUGCCUACCCCUCCCUCAACCAGCUGCCAGCGGCCUCGGCCCCAUUCCAGGCCCCCGUGCAAAACCUAUGCCUGGCCUCCAGGGACUUGCUGCAGGCCCAUCACCCGGGGGGCCUGCUCUCGGGGAGCACGGGCUCCUCCCUGCGUGCCCCAUACCCUGCCCUUCAGCCCCUGGAGAUGUGUCCCAUGCCUCUCCCAGCAUCCCUCAGCAUGCAAAUGGCCAUCACAGCCGAGCCCAGGCACUGCCUUGCCACCACCUACGGGAGCAGCUACUUCAGCGGGAGCCACGUGUUCCCCACGGGCUGUUUUGACAGAUAGAGCAUCUUGGGCCACAUGGGAAGCCUUGGAGAGCUGGCAGAAAAAGAGGACCCUGAAGAGGCGAGCUCAGCGGAGUGAGGCCAUGAGAAGUCUUCCCCUCAGAGUCUCGUAGACCUUGAACACUGAGGGUUUGUGCUCUUUUUAAAUACAACUGACCUGGAGUGAGAAAUUCAAUGCCAUACCUCACCCGAGGCCAUUCCUCUGAAAAAACAUCUUCCACGCACACUGGGGUGCAAGGGGAUGGCUUGGUGGCCGUCCCUUUGAGCAGGGGGCCCAGGUCAUCAAGAAAGGCCUGGCAGGAGGCUAGGACACUAGAAACUGGCCAUCGACCACGAAUCCACAAGCACAUCCAGUUUUUAGCGUCAGAGACUUCUUCAUUCUUUGCCAAUGGCAGCUACGCCACUGACCAAGGUGGGGCAGCCCGGUGUAGUCUCCGAACCUCUGGAGGACGCUGUGCUGAGGGUUCUUUCCCUGGCUCCCUGCAGAGGAGUGUGUGUGUGUGUGUGUGUGUGUGUGUGUGUGUGUGUUUAUACCCGAGCUUCAGUCUGCCCAGGUACCGUGCAGAGGAGUGUGUGUGUGUGUGUGUGUGUGUGUGUGUGUGUGUGUUUAUACCCGAGCUUCAGUCUGCCCAGGUACCGUGGGCGGCCACCUUGCUCUUGUUGUUGAACUCAAAACCCUACUCAGCCUUCUAGACAUUUCACGUGCUGCUGCUUCCCGAAGUGACCUAGCAUUUUGUUCAGUAAGACGUCUUGUUUACAUAUCAUAUCAGGGACUUGAUGAUACUUGAAAAUUCCUUAGGAGAAGAAAAUCUUUAGGUUGCCACACUGCCUGCCCCACUCGAGGAUUGAAGGUUUGACCCAUGGGAUCAAACAGAGCUCCUUCCUUCUUCAAACGUGUGUUGGGGAGAGCCAGUUUCCAGCUCUUGGUUCCAGAUGCUUCCAAGUAUUGGACCUUCGAUAGGCACCUGGAGGAGGAAGGUUGUUGAAAGGUAGACAAAGGCUCAAAACAAUCUCCAUGUCGCCCCUCUGCCUCCUGCUUGCCGUUUGUGGAGUUCAACCCGUCCUUGGUUUUGAGUUUGGAAAAUAAUGUCGAAUGUUUGCUUCAAUGGCAGCUGGAUUUCGGGGGGUGGGGGUAUACAUGGGUAUGUGACACAGCCAUUGAUAUGCAAGAGAUCGGUGGGCGAAAAGCCAGUAUUGGGGUAUCUGUAGUUUGAGGGUUCUCAGGAAGAGUCUUGUAACCAUGUGCAAUAUGUUUUCAUUCUAACGUGCGGCUUGGGCUUGGUGUGUUCUUUUGGUUGGUCAGAGGUCACGUUGUUCAUCCUUCAGAACUAGGAGGUGCAAAGGACAAGAAAGCUUUUUUUUUUUUUAAGAAGCAUACAUCUUGGUUUUUUGCAAGUUCAGGCAACUGCAGCAGAGGAACGGCCAGGAAGGUAGCCACGCGCUGCUCAGCUGGAUCUGAAGGUGUUACAGGUCCCUUCUGCCUCCUGAUGGGCAGAUGAAAGCGGAAACAUGGAAGCAGAAUGAAAAAGAGACUGUGUGUGGAGACGUCACUGCCACUUUGUCAAAUUAGCAUAGGAAACUGCACGUUUGUUGUUACUCUCUUUUUCUUUCGCCAACCUUCUUCUAUUUAUGAGCGACCAGUUUGGAUUCUUAGUUGUACCUGUCUACUCUGGGACUGGGGGCUGAUGAGGGGCAUCUCAAGUAGGGCCUCACGGCCAGCUCAGCCCCCAGAAAAAGCAUUCCUCAAUAAACAUAUCACCAGCUCUUUGCAUCUCUUGGUUUUCUUCCUGGACUUCUCUCAGCUCCACCCUCCCUCUCCCAGAUCCGCCCUGUUGGGUGUCUCUGCCCAUGCUGAGAGGUGGU